AUGACGAGUGAACUGAACGCGACGGAGGUCGAGACCUCGACGGGCACGAUGAAUCUCGUAUCAACGAUAUCCUCGUCGCCACCUAGCGUGGUCGCAGCCGCGAUUAACGCUAGCACAGCAAUUCCGACUAAUCCGUCCACGACAGUAACGGGUGGAGCUGCGGUCACCAGUACCGCUAAAUCCGACCAUCACAUCUACAACGCGACCGACUACCUCAUGGAACACGACGACCUCGAUCACAGUAUACUCGCUGGCUUUUCAGAUAUACAGACAGUUUUUCUAGCGUGUAUUUCGACGUUGCUGCCGUUGAUGAUCGCGCUGGGAAUCGCCUUCUGCGUCAGGCACGUGUGGAGGAAAUAUCGAAACAGACGAGACAGAUCAAGUGGAUUGCCCUGGUAUAGGAGUGUGUACUUUCGAGACAAUACCGCCGAAUCCUUGCAUCAUCAACCCCACUCGAGAAGCACGGCCAUUCAGUCUGCCACGAGGAUUCUGUCUGCCCAGGACCUGGUGAACGGCCUCGACAGACCCAGGUACAUUUGCGAGAGCGAGGUCAUGGCGGAAAUAAACAUGACCAACGCCACUCCGGUGGAGUACACUCCUCCGGGGAAUCAUACCAAUAAAAACGCCAACGGGAACAUCAUCACUCUCACCCUCAAGAAUAACCAUCUUAUCGUGGAGACGGAGGAGCGAGCAGUGACGGUGGAGGAUAAUAAAAAUCGCAGGUACCAAGAUGAUGGCUGCUCGUUCGUUGUCGAAAUACAACCUAGCUAUCAGAACGAGGAAACCGAGACUAACAAAGGAUCCACCGAUGACAUGACCACCAGCGUUACCGAUCAGCAGGCUCUGGUCCACAGAGAAGAAAUUCCAGAAGAUAAAGCGCCAGGGUUCGAGAACGCAAGAUUAUUCGGUAGCACGAAUACAGGAUUGUCGCAGUCGGACCUCUCGAUCUCUAGCCAGGGCUCGGUUAAUCCCAGCUAUCGUUAUGGAAAUCAAGUGGAAUACGAUGCGGGCCAUCUGGGUUACCCGAUGUACGGGGGUAGUUACGAGUCCGAUACGUUAUCUCGGAAACUCGAGGGAGGAUCGAAAUGGGUGGAAUUUGAUAAGUCGCCGGACACCGAAAAGGCAUUACUGAACGCGUCGAAAACCUCGAGUAUGGAGAAGGAUGCGGAGGAAAGCCCAUCGAUAACGGGAAAACAGAACAAUCUGGACGUUUCCCAGGGUUCCGGAGGAUCGAUGGACCAGCAGGAUUCAACGGAUGCCAGUAUUUCCACAGACACGGUUCGCUCGAAUCCCAACCUCCAAGUGAAUGGCGCCACCCCGAAUAAACUGGAGAUUAUGGAGCAGAAAGCGCUGAGCAACGACUUUGGAAAAUCAGAGAUGAACAAACCCGUGAUAACCGGAGCGUUGUUAAAAGACGACGUCCAAGAGGACACUUUUCAGGAACAGCAACGAAAGCUGGGUAACGGCACCUUAACACCGGAGCACAAGGAAGGCAGGCCGAAGAAUCAGAAGGCAGAAAGCUGCACCUUUGUGCCGAGCCAUAAGCGCAGCGGAAGCAUUCCACCGCGACUGAUCGAGGAGACCCUGGAAUUAGACCUGGAGCCCAAGAAGUCGUUGGACAUUUACAGUCAGAUCAAGACCAGCACUAAAAGCAUACUCCCAGGAUUAAGUCCGAAGUUCGAGCUUCUACAAAACGAUGUAAGUCCUAUCGAAGAAAAAGAAAGUUAAUGGAGAUAAUGGUGUGCUACGUCUUUAUCGUAAAACAUCUCAAAGCAUAACAUCGAACCAUCGAACGAGCAUCGAGAGAUGUCCAUUGCCCAUUCGAGGACCGUGGACAAAGUAAGUCGAGACUCGCGUCGAACGUGACGCGUUAAAGUCGAAGCUCGUCCGCGUGAUAACCAUUUUCUACGAAAAUUUCGACGUCUAGAAAAAUUUCCUUCCCAGUAUUCGCGCAGAGCCAAAUCAAAACAACGGCUACGGGUGGUCGCGAAUCUUAUUUGGUAUCAGAGAACAAUGCUUCCACCCUCGUCGAGAACGAUUUUUAUUUAACGAAAAGUCCAACAGAAAGUCAUUGUAGAUAUCUCAUCAACGCCAAAACUCACCGACGCCUCAUCGGGCACGUUCCAGGAGAUUUUAGCCGAGGCUUUCAGAAAAGUACCACGGUAUCAAUGAGACAGCCGAGCCAUCAGGUAUUCCCAGCUCGCUGUAGCAGUGCCGCUCGAAGAACUCACACGGCAGCAAAAAGAGGAUCGGCCAGAGGCAGAGCGAUAAAAAGAUGUCGCGUCUGGGUUUGUCUACGAUAAAAUCAUCGAGGGAGAAAAUCACGGCGACGGAUCGAUGAGGACUGGAGCACGGUAGAAGUUGAUAGAGUGACCAGGGCAAAUUGGUCGUAUCCAAGGGAAACUGUGCUUCGUUGGUCGCUACCGACAGAGGCGCUUGGAAUUGACAAUAUAUCCUAAUGACUCUCCAGUUUCCAGCCCUUAACUCAUCGCUCUCCCACCGGUCUCCCUCUCUCUCUCUUGUCCGUUUCCUUCUUCAAUCCUCCCUCUCUGUUCGCUCCGCGCGCUCCACGAACCCUGCCCGCCCGUUAAAUUUGCCAAAGCGAGGAUCUACGAACCGCGGAGAACAAUCGUCGACUAACGAACUCGACGCGCUGCUGCGGAUUCCGCGUCCGUGGCUCUGUGUGCGCGCCAACCGCAACCGCAUCGGGUAAUAGAGCACCGCAGUUGUCCGCGACGCAUACUGCAAACAGUCGUCCGCUCGCCGUAUCGUUGAGAAACGCGUUACACCUGGUGGAAUUGUUUUUCUAAAAGGGUCCUUGUCUCGUAUCGCGUGUAUUCUUAUCGCGAGACAAAAAGCGUGUCGUUUGGUUGAAAGAGAUAAUCACGUUCAGAGCAUGGGGGCCUAUAGAAUUGGAUAGACAACCGAAAGGGGUGCGUUUCGAUAUUUAGAAACGUUGCUGGGUAAUUGUCAAAUACAGAAAACCGUCCUGGGUGGCAGUGAUUUGCUAAAUACACGCCGGUUGUAUCCCUCUUCCUGCGCCAUCCGUCUGCCUGUCUGACCACGCACGACUUUCUCCCCUGCAGAGUCUCAUCGCGCGGCUGGAAGCGUCGAUAUCCGAGUAAAGUUUUGAAAGUCUUCUCAUCGACCCGAUCGAGAGAAUCUUCGAGCGAAUUUCAUGAUAUUCUAACGCGAGUACAUGUACUCGAGAAGAGGACCGUAUCACAGGACGAAUACAUAUGUCGAAUUUUGUAAACCAUUCUAAGAGUUAUACCGCCAGAUUCCGUUGGACUAAAACAAUUUUACAAACGAACCAGAUUUGUUAAGUAUUUUCUAUUGUCCGAGAACAUACGUACGAAAUAGAAGAUAAUUAAGCAUCGUAAGUGGAACGCUAUUAAGUGUCCAGAUUGGUAGACGUUAAGGUUUCGAGCGUGGUCUUCGAGUUUCGAUGAAGUAUCGUGUCUAAGAAUUCUCUAUCGGCAUUUUGUAUCGUAGCUUCUUAAGUUCAAAGAGAAGUAAAAAGGAUUAUCGAGAUGCGUGUGAUUUAUGGCCUUAAGUUAGCGGAUGAGGGCUUUUUUUUCAAAAUAUUCCAAAUACUUUCGAUCAUCCACGUAAAAGCGGAGCUGAAAGUUAGAAUUCGAAGAUGGCAGGAUUAAAUUCGUAUAAAACGUCGAUAUUGAAAUUUCUAGACAUCGGUACGUUUCGAAUCUCGGGGACGAUGGUCGUUUUAGUAGAUCUUGUACGCAAGAUUUUACUUGGAAGUAAUCAGAACCAUUAAACGCUCCUAAGUACACUGUAUCGGUAAAUCAUACUUACGUUAAACACGAGGUUCGCGACUCGAGGAAGUCGAAAAGAGGCUUAAAGAUUAACGUUACGUGGAUUCUAGUGCCAAAAUAGUUCCUUAAGGUUUCUCGAGGGCAACUCGAUGAACGUAUGCCAAACGACUAUACUCGAUGAUCUUAUUAUUACCUGUACGUUUCGAGCAAAUGCUGCGUUACCAAUAUUUCAGAUUUUAUACGCUUCCGUUACAUAGUGCGAACGUUGUUGUUAAUAUGGUGCUAUUGCGUAUGGAUCUAUGCGACGAGGAUGUAGCUUGCUGAUUUUCUCUUUAGUCAUUGCGCUCCUACGUCCUCGUUUCUUCGUUCGUCGCGCCUCAUUGGCACUCGCGCGCCACUACAUUUCCGGUGAGAAUCGACGUGCCCCUAAACUGUACUUUGAAAGUGAGAAUUUUCGUCAUUUUCGGAGGAUACUACUUAAUUAACACUCGACCAAUUGCAACACUCUUACGUUGAUGUAAUCGAUAUAAUCGUACAAUUAAUAUCGAUAUAGUCUUCGUACUUCUUUCAAAUAAUAAUUCAAAGUCACAGGUCCAGAAUCCGUGGAAUGAAUAUCACUUUGAAAAAUGACGAAACUCUGUUUCUAAGAUGCAUCUGUGCUUCUUACACUUGAAGCCAUUAUCGAGCCCGAGCCGAUAAACGCGAAUAACACGAAACAUGCCCUCAUCGAAAGAUAUUCACCGGUCCACGUAAGAUAAUAGUGUGUAGCACAUAUUUAGCGAUUAAGUACCAUAACUUAAAGAUUUAAUCAUACUCACACACGAUCCCCGAACAGAAUCGAUUCGUUUCACGACUCAUACGUACUCCUAUACUCGCCGAGUCUCUCUCGCUUUUACAUCGCUAACGAAGUAAGUCUAGUUUUCUGGUUUAGUGAAUCUCGUGUGGCUGUUACUAGAUGGUAUUAGAGGUCUAACUGUGGACAACUAUAAAUUUUAUAUAAGACCUGAAUGUCUCGCGUAUUUCUAGAAAUAUUCAUACCGCAAGUAGCUGGUCGCAUAGCGGUUGAUCGAUCGAUUAUUUAGGUCGCCCUCGCGCCGAUUUCGACCGCUCUAAAAGCGUCCUUUGUGUGUGUGUGUCUGUGUGUGAAAGAUGGAUCGCGUCAAAGGGAAAACACGAAUCUCCAAGGUAUAGAAGGUAUCGGACGUUUGAAAAUCGACGCGAGGUCAAGUUUAUAAGGAAAAAUCCAGUCUCCAUUCUCCGUUCUUCGACGUAAUGCUCUGAUGUUCUAUCGCAUCGCGCAUCAUCAUUUCGCAAGGAUACUUUAGAGAUAAUUACUCGUAGAGACUCGUCAAGAAGUAAUUAUAAAGACUUAAUUAACGAUUAAGCGAGACGCGGAUCUCCGAGAUCCCGACACACAACCGUUCCAUAUGAUCAAUUAAAGUCGAAUCGUAAUAAUUAAGCAGCGAAUGAUGACAGAGAGCAGUUAGCUAAAAAAGAAAAAAAAGAAAAAAAGAAAAAAACAUUUGGGCUUGGAUGAUAUUGAGCUUUCGAUUCAUGAAUUUUCAGUCCUUUCUCGUUCGUAUGAGUUUCCAGCACCGCUCCUAUCUUCGUUUAAUCCUCUGACCCCUUCCUCGGGGGUGGAUCGAAAUAAAAUCCGAAAGGAACAUUGUCCAUCGUGCUGCAUAUUUGUACGCUGAGAACACAUAUGUAAGUCCUUUAGAACGAACGCGUGGACGGACAUUCGUUUUCGCUAAAGUACCACAUUGUAUAUGUCAAUUUAUUUUGCAAAAUAAACCAUUGGACACGAACCCUGA